AUGUUUGCUGUCGAUUCCAGGAACAAAGUAGCCCGUACUUACGAGCAGAAUGCCCCCAGUCUCCUGGAAACGCGCAGACGUAGCGCCCGACCAAGGACAAAUCCUUCUUUACAGACGGAGAAAACCUCAGCAAAUGUCACUCCAACCGUGCGAGGGAUUCCAUGUCUGUAUGGAAUGAGCGAGUGGCUACAGACUCUCGGACAUUCGGACACAGAUAUAUCUCGCCUAAACAUUGUCCACGUCACCGGAACAAAAGGCAAAGGCAGCACAUAUUCUCCACGCACAUGGGCUGAGAUCCGGCUUUCCUACAACCCCAUCACUGAGAACCUAUUCACAAAAUACUUCUUCGAAGUAUGGGAUACUCUUAUGGAUACCAACAUCCAAAACGCAGACACAACACAGCAAUCACCUCGCUACCUGCAACUCCUCGCCCUGCUCGCUUUCCACACCUUCAUCCGAGAGAACGUCGACGCUGCAAUAAUCGAAGUCCACCAGGGUGGUGAAUUCGACGCUACGAACGUCAUCCAGAACCCCGUGGUCACAGGCAUCACUUCCCUAGGACUUGACCACCUUGACCAGCUCGGCCCUACACUCGAAUCCAUUGCAUGGCAUAAAUCGGGGAUUAUCAAGCCAGGUGCACCUGCAUUAUCUGUCCCACAGGAAGCUAGUCCCUCUGAGGUCCUGCACGCUCGUGCCGCGGAGAAGAAUACUUCAUUAACUAUUGUCCCGCUGAACCCUAAUCUCCCUACUGACAGUAACCAAGCCAGGAAGGACAUUUUGAAAGCCAAAGCACCCGACCAUGUAAUCGAGCCUGAGGAUAUAUCUACCGCUAUGAGAGACAUCUCCCUAAUCGGAAGAUUCGAGAUCAUCGAUGACCCAGACGGACAAUCACAAUGGUUCGUAGAUGGCGCACACAACACGCUUAGUCUUGAGAAAACGGCGGAGUGGUUCUCGGAUAUUACCAAGAGGUCUGCGGAGCAAAAACACCGAAUCCUAAUCCUCAGCCACUUCUCCAAAGACCGAGACGGCCUAGCGCUCCUAGAAUGCUUAGCAGAAUCUCUCACCGAGCAAGACGCGCUGCCAGAUCAUGUUAUCUUCACUACUUACAUUGAACGAGCAGACAAAUCUGAGAAGAUGGAUAAAGAGAUGUAUAAUGAAAUAAAAGAUAUACUCCCCGCCACCCUCCCAGAUCUCAGCGUGCUAUCUUUGUUCGCUGAAAAAUGGAAAGCUACCGUUCCUCGAGGCACGAGUUUAAUCUCGACUAAGGAGACCAUUGAAGAAGCGAUCGACACAGCAAGGAGUAUCGGUGCACAGCAGGAUGGUAGAGCGCAGGUCUCGAUUACGGGGUGUUUCUUGUUGGUUGGCGGGGUGCUUAAUAUAUUGCGUCGUUCGUGA